AAUGUAAAUACUGAGCAUAAAGGUGCUGAACCACCCUCACAUACUUUUCUGCCCAACUUCCCCAUACAACAGCACAGUUUAUCACUUGGCACCUUCUCAGGUGCUCUCUCUAAAUCCAGAAUGACACAGUCCAGUUCAGUCUCACCUUUUCUGACACGACGGGAACGUCACACCUGUGCUCCUUUUCUUGAUAUGAAGCCAAAUUGCUGCUCUUCAGCAACUCUUUCACAUAUCUUAAUGUCAGCAAACUUCCCCCCAGUGAAUAAUAAAGGAUAAAGCAUGAAUUUUUCAGUAUCAUUAAAAUAUUUGUCUUAUUAAUCACAAAAUCUCCCAAUCGUUAAGAUAUGAGACUCAUCCAGUAGAGGGCAGUGCUGCAUCGUGCUUGUGUGCCAUGAAUACCAAUGAAGAAGGACGAGGCAUAUUUCUCUGUGUUGUUCUUCCUGGUUCGAGUCAGUGCAGUACAGGACAAAGAACAUGGAGGAAGAUUUAACAUUAUACUGUACCGUGGCGGAUGAAAAGAAUAAGUCUAGGUUUAUUUGUCAUACUCACAGAAAACACGGAGUAUUUUCAAUAUGUCUGACUGAUGCUGUUACUCUCUGGAGAAUAGAAUACACAGAGGAAGACUUCAACAAGUUGAGACAGAAGUUCAACCUGAAAUCUUCAAAUGAUUAUAUUCAAAAACUGAGGUCGGCCUCUAGUAGUGGUAAGAUGUCAGUCCUGGUCCAUGACACAGAAGCAGAACUUCAGGUGGGCUCCAGGCCUGGUGGCCUGAGCAUGAGUCUGUCCAGACUGGAGGGUCCACAGGCUGCUGAAGAGCUAAGGAAUCUGAUGUUCAGGAUGGCCGACAGUCUUACACAGCUAAACUACAGUAAACCAUCAGCUAUCAGUCCAGUGAAAAAUGUGCAAAGUCCAGUGAAAAAGCAUCACACAGUGUUUGAGCCUCGACAGCAGAAGCAGAACUCAAUGGCUGUGAAGAGACGACCACCAGGAAGUUCACUCAUUAACCCAGGAACUAAAAAGAAAGUGCAGGCGACUGGUGUGGCCUUUGACGAUGCAGACGAAGACUGAGCCUUCACGCAGCAAAGAAAAAAGUAUUUUACCUUCAUUACAUUAAGUACUUCUAAUAUUUUUGUAAUAUAUGUAAAUGCUUAACUGACUGUAUGAGAGCAUCAAUAUUACUCACAUUUUAUGAAUUAUGAAAAGUUGUUUUUUAUUUGUGUUAUCAUUUAUUUGUCCUAGAUGAUUGUUUUACUUCUAUUAACUUUUAAAUUAUUUAAAAUAUGAAAUAAAAAAACAAUUAGCAA